UUUUCUAGGAAUUGUUUGGAAGUGCCGUUUGACUAUAAUAAAAUUGCAACUUUUUGGAGGUCCUUCACAAAACUUCCCCUAUAAAAAUGAAAUUUUUCAAAUUCCAAAUCCCCCAACUGCAUUUGCCCAAAGUCAUUCUCUUACAGAAAACCCACAUUUCAUUACCGUUAAUCUUUCUCACUCCCACACUCAAAAUUCAAAAAAUUAUCGGCGACGAUGAUGAUGAGAGAGAAGGGAAAGUUCAUCUACAAAAUAUACAGAGCUCUAACCUUCUCUCUUACUCCAUUAAUCCGCCUCCAUCUCCGAUUUCGCAAAUUCCGAGGUCUCGAACAUUCUCUUCGAUGGCCGGAGCGUCUCGGCCGCCCUUCUCUCAACCGCCCUCCUGGCCCACUUCUCUGGUUUCACGCCGUUUCUCUAGGAGAAGGAAUGGCGGCGAUUCCGGUGAUUCGACGUUGUUUGACAGAACGACCUGAUAUUAACAUUCUUAUGACUACUACUACACUUUCUGCAUUUGAGGUUUUGAAACAAAAGCUCCCUCUAACCGUAAUUUAUCAGUUUGCUCCAUUAGAUUUACCUGCUGUUGUGGAUGCAUUUCUUGGCUAUUGGAAGCCAAAUGCUGUUAUUCUCAUGGAGAGUGAACUGUGGCCAAAUGUUUUAAUGGCUGCAUCUAAAAGUAAGAUGGCACUAGUUUUGCUAAAUGCCCGAAUGUCUGAAAGAUCUUUCAAACAUUGGUCUGCACCCGCAGUUCUUCCACUAAUUGCCUUGAUGCUGUCGAAGUUUUCCUUAAUCAUGCCAUUGAGCACGGCGGAGGCAAUUCGCUUUCAGCUACUGCAAGCACCACCUUUUAUAGUCAACAUAUCGGCUGACUUGAAAUAUUGUGUUGGAGAAAUUGCAACUUCAACUAAUUCUUUGAAAGGCGUUAAAGAUUUUUUGGCACAGCUUAAUCAUAGGGAGGUUUGGAUGGCUUCUUCGGUACAUAAAGGAGAACAUGAAGUAAUGCUUCGAGUUCAUAAAACACUGGUCCAAAGCCACCCAAAAUUGUUAACUGUUAUCGUGCCUCGACAUCCAUGUCAUGGGUUAGACUUUUCCCAGGCAUCAAAGAAAUUAGGGUUAACAGUAGCCUUGAGGUCUGAUGGUGGUAAACUUACAUCAGCAACAAAUAUUUAUGUGGCUAAUACAUUAGGUGAACUAAGAGAGCUUUAUAGGUUGAUGCCCAUUUCGGUUAUUGGGGGGUCUUUCUUACCAACUUCAUCUGGUCAUAAUAUUGCAGAAGCCAUGGCAGCUGGAUCUGCUGUUUUGACAGGUCCUCAUGUUGGUCACUUCUCACACAUGGUAUCAGCAAUGCAGAGCUUCAAUCCUCUGUCCAUUCUACAGGUUUCUGGAGAAGCAGAGCUAGUAAAUUCCCUCCAUGAACUCCUAAGUGUUCCCAUUAGAUUGGAAGCUCGGCAGACAGCUGCUAAACAAGCAUUUUAUGCACUAUCUUGUGGGGUUCUCUCACGUGUGUGGAUACAACUUGAUUGGUUUAUUCUUAAAAGGAUUCCUGUUUGAGCAGGAAAAUCUAAAUAGAUAUGUAAAUGUUCAAUUCGAAGGAAGUUUCUGCAUUCAAAAGAAACAAAGUUUCUGCAGUUAAGUAUUUUGUUCUUACUUAAUUUAAAUUGUUUGAGUUGGUAUAUUGUUGCUUUUCAUUACAAUCUAUGUUACUUGGACUCUUCAUUUCACCUCAAGUGCCCAUGUCGAACCCUCGAUACUUGGACGUGGUAGGACACUUAGAUACUUCAUAAGCUAUCAAAAUCACAAUUUUAAAACAACACUUCGAUGAGUUUAAAGGCUGGUUAAAUUAGGUAAUCACAAGUGCCGCAAGGUACUGUAUAGGCCACCUUUAGUGCCUUGUUCCUUAGAACCUCCACCAUGGUUACCUUCAUAAUUACAUAGAAUCUUAAGCCCUUGCGCCUAGAGACUCAACUGCGCUGAGUGCCCCAAUACCCCUCCCCUGCACAUGGACACUGGUUACCUUGUGGGCUUUGAGAAAUGGCUGGGAGAAGACCUUUAAUUACCAAUCUAAAAAGAUAGGAAAUUGUAUUCUUCGUAAUUCUAAGAUCUAUCUCUCCUUGGAUAUGAUUUUGUUUUUCUUUCUUGCAGUGCAUUGGCUUGUUAAUUAUUAACUAACAUGCUUUCAAGGCGUAUUAUUUUUCAUGCACUAGGGAAGAUGCAAGAUUGG